UUAUGUGUGAAAUUGACCACUAAUCACAUCCAGGUAUAAUUAACACUGAAUACCCAGUCACCGCACAUCGCAGGUAGCGUGUGGCUUUAAUGAAAUAAUUUAAUCAAUUUAAUUACCAAUUACUCACUAUUAAACACUACUCUAAUAUGAACACUUUCAAAACUGUUUAUACUAAAUAAAAUGGUAUCGUCUCAUCAACAUGUUCUACUAAAUAACUUUAGAUAUGACAAAGGCUUACGGAUUUCAUCAUACAUACUGUCUGUGUUAAAACUGGAAAAACUUGUUAAGUCAAUAUUUUUUGUCGUUUAUAACUAUAUUGUAAUUAAUGUUUUGAUGAAUUGUAAUUUUACAACAAUAGUCGUAGACAUGCACCGUUCAUCUUCCUUAAUGAAAAUAUAAAUAACGUGCUCAACUUCGAAUUAGUCGCAAAUAUAGGUGUAUUCCAAUGAGAUACAUGUAUAUUGAAAUAGCUAUAUCUAAAACACCUCGUAUUUUAUCAACAAUAUGAUCAUUUUACAAUACAGAUUUAGUUAUAAGUUUUGUCCCGAUAUUAAUGCACACUUUGAUAAAGACAACACCACCUGGCAGCGAUCAGUGUUUAUCUUUUGAAGUCGGAGUUUUGUGUUUAUAAAAGUAUCGAUGACGUGAUGUUGUAACAACAAACCUAGUAUUGAAGGUCAAGGACAUCACGUGAUAGGGCGUAAACGACAGGUGGAGUAGAGCGCCUCGUCCCGGGCCCCGGGACUGCUUGGAUAAGUCCACGCGAGUUGAGCAGACACAUUGAGCAUGACCAUGAAGAUAGAUGUCGAUUUCUCCCUGACGUAUAAGGUAUAAAUACACGUGAUUUCCCUGUAGUCUUCAUCAAAGCUGUCCUCUACAUCAUCACUACCCACAUCUACUAACCUUGAACGAAAUCUAGAUUCUUCUACAGUCUUCAACUUCACUGAACCUAUCAACUGUUUAAAUCCUCAUGGCAUCAACUUUGACCUUGACCCCGACCCCGUGUCGUAGUCUUGACUACGACGACGAGGUCAAAUCCCCAAUGACCCCGGAAGUGAAGAAGGACCUCCGUCAGUUGUUCGAUGAUGAAGAUUCCGGACUUGGAAUGGACGAUAUUGUGAGCCCAUCAACAGAUUACAAGGUGUCCACACGUUUGGAUUUCAGCAACGUGUUCGCCUCCCCGGUACGGCAUAUUGAUGGUAACUAUACCGGGUUAAAGCGUUCCCUCUUCUCAGGCAAGCGUCACCGUGAUGAGGAUGAUUGCGUUACUCCCUCGUCUAAGAUACAGCGGAGGAGCGGUGGAAUGAAGAGGACGAUGUCUUAUGGGGACAGUCCGAUGUUGAUACCACGUGACAUGAAGGCUGCUGUAGACCGUUUGGUGGAGGAGGAUUUGAUAGGGGACGGGACCGACACGUUUUGUCUGCCGACCAUCAGGGGCAAACACCAGGACCUCAAGUCCAUCUCAGCUGAUACGAUGGCCGAUAUACUGACCGGAAGUUAUGAUGACGUCAUCGAUACUUACAGAAUCAUCGACUGUCGAUACCCGUACGAGUACGAUGGGGGUCACAUCAAGGACGCAGAGAAUAGGUAUACACGUGACCAGGUCCAACAGCUGCUUCACGACACGCAGACAUGUGACGUCACCGGAAAGAGAAACAUUCUCAUCUUCCACUGUGAAUUCUCAUCUGAGAGGGGACCCAAGAUGAUGCGUUUCCUGAGGGCCCAAGACCGUACUCAGAACGAGGCUAACUAUCCGUCCCUGACCUUCCCCGAGGUGUACCUCCUUGAUGGCGGUUACAAGGCGUUCUAUCACACAGACAAGACUCUGUGUCAACCGAUGGAAUACACGCCGAUGCUACAUCCUGGUCACUGCGAUGAUUUACGUCACUUCCGGUCAAGAUCCAAGUCCUGGGCUGCAGGAGACAAGAAAAGAAAGAUAUCGCGACGUCCCUGAACUACACAACUACAAAAAGGAGGGACGCAUGUCAGAGCUUCAUGUCAGAGCUUCAUGUCAGAGCCAGAAACAAGUUUCUGUUGUUCGCAUUUCGUUCGGAAAUGGUUGUUGAUGUUUAAGAUUCCGAAGGGAGGAUUGUGUUUACUUGAAGGACAAAUCAACACCUACAAUGUACAAACUGACCAUCCCCGUCGUUUUCAUCGUGAAGUGCUAUGUUUCCUUUCCUUGUUAUGAGACAUGAUCGACAGUUUAAAACGAGGACCUGUAAAUGUACAUGGUGUCGACUGUAUUUUAUCUUUGUCUAGUGCUAUAUUGACUGAAGUGCUUUUACUUUUUGUAUACAUGUUUAUUUCAGUUUUGUACGAAAUAAAGUUUACAUUA